UUCCCGGAAGUGAAACUUCUUCAACACGGAAGAGCAGGAAAGAAAACAAAUAAUCGUUCAAAAUUUGUCGAGUUGAAGUCGGGGAAGACAACCUUACUACUGUAUAUCUUCUGGAUUACCGUCUACUCAUCAAAGGCUUGAUACACGAUGGAAUUCCUAUUUGGGAGGAGAAAGACUCCAGAGGAGAUGCUGAGGCAGAAUCAGAGGGCGCUCAACCGAGCCAUAAGAGAGCUGGACCGAGAGCGAGUGAAACUUGAGCAACAGGAGAAGAAGAUUAUUGCUGACAUUAAGAAAAUGGCCAAACAGGGACAAAUGGAUGCCGUCAAAAUAAUGGCCAAGGAUUUGGUUCGAACAAGACGCUACAUUAAGAAAUUCAUCAUGAUGAGAGCCAACAUCCAAGCAGUCAGUCUAAAGAUACAGACACUCAAGUCCAACAACAGUAUGGCACAGGCUAUGAAGGGCGUCACCAAAGCUAUGGCCACCAUGAACAGACAGCUGAAAUUACCUCAGAUCCAGAAGAUAAUGAUGGAGUUUGAAAGACAGAGUGAAAUCAUGGAUAUGAAAGAGGAUAUGAUGAACGACGCUAUCGAUGAUGCAAUGGGUGAUGAAGACGAUGAGGAGGAGAGUGACGCUAUUGUUUCCCAAGUGCUGGAUGAGCUGGGUCUUACUCUGACCGAUGAACUGUCAAAUCUGCCAUCCACCGGAGGAAGCCUUUCUGUGGCUGGAAAGAAGGCUGAGCCCCAAGCUGCCCUGGCUGAUGCAGACGCCGAUCUGGAAGAGCGGCUGAAAAACCUCCGGAAAGAUUGAACACGCUGUAACUGUCAGACAAGUGCACUGUUGGCGGGGGUGUUAAUACAGAUACAAAUGUACUCAGAUCUGUGUGACUAGGUUCUGUUCAAAGGAUAACUGAUUGAACAUUGGCUUGUUUUCAUCAAACGGCCUGUGUGACACAGGUCUAUGGCUUUCUUUUCGAGGUGUUUUAUUGUGUGUUUUUUGUGUUUUUCAACCAACCUACAGGGGUACUUUAUCCCUCAUAUGUCUAGCAAAUCUUUGUUUCAUUGAAGACAUUGCCAAAAAAAACAAAUUUCUCUAAGUGAAACAUUAUUUCACAUUUUGUGUAAAUACUAACUCCCAAAGGCAUGUUCUUUUCACAUUAUCAUUUAACAGUAACACUACAUGGAAAACCUUUAAAUGAAAGUUGGUAAUAAUCACAAGAGUGGAUUCUUUAUAUGGUUGGAGUUUAUGGAAGAUAAACUUUUUGUACAUCCGCUUAUCCUCACACUCCCCAUGACUGAUUUCAUUUGUGGCCAUUGUCACAGCUGUCUCGAUGUAUAUGAAGAUGGUAUACAAAAAGUUUUUAAUCCCUGUAUCUUUUCUGUUAAAUUUUACCAAAAGGACAGUAUGCAGUACUUUACAAUAACAUGUAAGACUAACUAAUCACCAUUUACAAAUGUACAGUGAAGGGCACACCUCAUAGCGCCUGUCAAGUCUGUGUUUGUGUGCGUUUCAGAUCACUCUUACCAAAUGGUUAGUGAAGGGUUAAUGCUGUUUUGUUUUGUUUUUGAAAAGCUGUCCUAUUUUACUUUUCUUUAUUCAAUAAACUUUUUUUCAGAUUUAA